UUAAAAGCGGAUCGACACUGCCUCGCAUCACAGUUGUGCUUCAACUCGUUUUUCUGCUCGGUCCUACCGGUCUUCUUAAAAAUGUCGGAUGCAAUGAUGGCCGAGUUCGGAAAAGCCGCCCAAUACCUGAGGAAGUCGGAAAAGGAGCGAUUGGAAGCUCAGACAAGGCAGUUUGACAUCAAGACGGAAUGCUUUGUGGUGGAUGACAAGGAAGAGUAUGUGAAGGGAAAAAUCCAAAGCAAAGACAGUGGAACAGUGAAUGUGAAGAAGGAGGACGGUACGACAGUGAGCGUUAAAGAAGUGGACGUUCACCCACAGAACCCCCCCAAGUUUGACAAGAUUGAAGACAUGGCGAUGUUCACGUUCCUCCACGAGCCAGCGGUGCUGUUCAACCUGAAGGAGCGCUAUGCCGCCUGGAUGAUCUACACCUACUCCGGCCUUUUUUGCGUCACAGUUAACCCGUAUAAGUGGCUUCCCGUUUACGAUGCCGAGGUGGUGGCCGCCUACAGAGGUAAGAAGAGGAGUGAAGCUCCGCCGCAUAUCUUCUCCAUCUCAGACAAUGCCUACCAGUACAUGCUGGCCGAUAGGGAGAACCAGUCCGUCCUAAUUACCGGAGAAUCUGGAGCUGGCAAGACGGUUAACACCAAGAGAGUCAUCCAGUAUUUCGCCAGCAUCGCUGCUGUUGGUGGGGCAGGCAAAAAAGACAGUAGUAAAGGGACGCUGGAAGAUCAGAUCAUCCAGGCCAAUCCUGCACUGGAGGCCUUUGGCAAUGCCAAAACACUGAGGAACGACAACUCUUCUCGGUUUGGAAAGUUCAUCAGAAUCCAUUUUGGGAACAGCGGGAAGCUGUCCUCCGCAGACAUAGAGACCUACCUUCUGGAAAAGUCCCGCGUCACCUUUCAGCUCAAGGCUGAAAGGGACUAUCAUAUCUUUUACCAGAUCCUGUCCAAUCAGAAGCCGGACCUGCUGGACAUGCUGCUGAUUACCAACAACCCGUACGACUACUCCUACAUCUCCCAGGGUGAAGUUACGGUGGCCUCCAUCAACGACUCAGAGGAGCUGAUGGCCACAGACAGCGCUUUCGACGUGCUUGGCUUCACCUCAGAGGAGAAGAUGGGCGUCUACAAACUGACGGGUGCCAUCAUGCACCAUGGCAACAUGAAGUUUAAGCAGAAGCAGCGGGAGGAGCAAGCUGAGCCCGACAGCACGGAAGCAGCAGACAAAUCUGCUUACCUGAUGGGGCUCAAUUCCGCCGACCUUAUCAAAGGGUUGUGCCACCCCCGGGUCAAGGUAGGAAAUGAAUAUGUUACCAAAGGCCAGAGUGUGGACCAGGUCUACUACGCCAUCGGUGCACUGGCUAAGUCAGUGUACGAAAAGAUGUUCAACUGGAUGGUGGUCAGAAUCAACCAGUCUCUGGACACCAAACAACACAGGCAGUACUUCAUAGGCGUGCUGGAUAUUGCUGGGUUUGAGAUCUUCGACUUCAACACCUUUGAGCAGUUGUGCAUUAACUUCACUAACGAGAAACUACAACAGUAUUUUAACCACCACAUGUUUGUUUUAGAGCAAGAGGAGUACAAGAAGGAGGGAAUUGACUGGGAGUUUAUUGACUUUGGCAUGGACCUGCAGGCUUGUAUUGAUCUCAUUGAGAAACCACUUGGGAUCAUGUCCAUUCUGGAGGAAGAAUGCAUGUUUCCCAAAGCCAGUGACCAGACCUUCAAAUCCAAGCUCUAUGACAAUCAUCUGGGCAAGAACAAAAUGUUUGAGAAGCCCAGGGCAGCCAAGGGAAAAUCAGAGGCUCAUUUUGCUCUGGUCCAUUACGCUGGCACCGUGGACUACAACAUCAGCGGCUGGCUGGUGAAAAACAAAGAUCCCCUCAAUGAAACAGUGGUCGGUUUGUAUCAGAAGUCCUCACUCAAGCUUCUAAGUGUGUUGUUUUCAAGUUACUCAGGUGGUGACAGUGGGGACAAGGGAGGCAAAGGAACCAAGAAGAAAGGCUCUUCCUUCCAGACGGUUUCGGCUCUUCAUAGAGAAAACCUCAACAAGCUUAUGACCAAUCUGAAGACCACACAUCCCCACUUUGUACGCUGCCUGAUUCCAAAUGACAGGAAAACUCCAGGAGUCAUGGACAACUGCCUGGUUAUGCACCAGCUUCGUUGUAAUGGUGUUCUCGAAGGCAUCCGUAUUUGCAGGAAAGGUUUUCCAAACCGUGUCCUCUACGGAGACUUCAAACAGAGGUACCGAAUCUUGAACGCCUCCGCCAUCCCCGAGGGUCAGUUUAUCGACUGCAAGAAGAGUGCUGAGAAGCUGCUCUCAUCUCUGGACAUCGACCACACGCAGUACAAGUUCGGUCACACCAAAGUCUUUUUUAAAGCCGGCCUACUGGGGACCCUAGAGGAGAUGCGAGAUGAGCAGCUCUCACGAAUCAUCACUAGAAUCCAGGCCAAUGCUCGAGCGGUGCUAAUGAGGGCCCAGUUUGCGAAACUAGUGGAGCGGAGAGAUGCCCUAAUGGUUGUCCAAUGGAACCUUCGCUCUUUCCUGAGUGUAAAGAACUGGCCAUGGAUGAAGCUUUUCUUCAAAAUCAAACCCCUGCUGAAGAGUGCCGAGUCAGAAAAGGAGAUGGCCAACAUGAAAGAUGAGUUUAACAAGCUAAAGGAAGCUCUGGAGAAAUCAGAAGCACGUCGAAAGGAGCUCGAGGAGAAAAUAGUGACUCUUCUUCAAGAGAAAAAUGACUUGACUCUGCAAAUUCAGUCUGAGCAAGACACGCUAACAGACUCUGAAGAACGAUGUGAACAGCUCAUCAAGAGCAAGAUUCAACUAGAGGCCAGGCUCAAAGAGAUGAGCGAGAGACUGGAGGACGAGGAAGAGUUGAAUGCGGAUCUGACGGCCAAGAAACGAAAACUGGAAGACGAGUGCUCUGAGUUAAAGAAAGACAUAGAUGACCUCGAGCUGACAUUGGCCAAGGUUGAAAAAGAGAAACACGCCACGGAGAACAAGGUGAAGAACCUGACCGAGGAGAUGGCAUCCCAGGAUGAUAACAUACUGAAGCUCAACAAAGAGAAGAAAGCUCUGCAGGAGGCUCACCAGCAGACACUAGAUGACCUUCAAAGUGAGGAGGACAAAGCCAACAGUCUGAGCAAAUCCAAAGUGAAAUUGGAGCAGCAGGUGGAUGACCUUGAGGGCUCUUUGGAGCAAGAAAAGAAAGUCCGGAUGGAGCUAGAGCGGUCAAAGAGAAAGCUGGAGGGGGACGUGAAGCUGACCCAGGAGAGUUUAAUGGAUUUAGAAAAUGACAAGCAGCAGCUAGAGGAAAAGCUCAAGAAAAAAGACUUUGAGGUAGCCCAGGUCACCGCCAGACUGGAGGACGAGCAGGUUGCUUCAGGACAGUUCCAAAAGAAGCUGAAAGAAAAUCAAGCAAGGAUCGAGGAGCUAGAGGAGGAGCUAGAUGCCGAGCGUGCAGCUCGAGCCAAAGUGGAGAAGCAGCGCUCAGACCUUUCCCGCGAGCUGGAGGACAUCAGCGAACGUCUGGAAGAGGCGGGCGGAGCCACGUCGGCACAAGUGGAGCUCAAUAAGAGGAGAGAUGCUGAAUUUCAGAAGAUGCGUCGAGAGCUGGAAGAGUCAACCCUCCAACAUGAAGCCACUGCCGCCGCAUUGAGGAAAAAGCACGCUGAUAGCGUGGCUGAACUGGGUGAACAGAUCGACAACCUGCAGCGAGUCAAGCAGAAGCUGGAAAAGGAAAAAAGCGAGUUGAAGCUGGAGCUAGAUGACUUUGCCUCAAGCAUGGAGAGCGUGGCCAAGAAUAAAUCCAAUGUUGAAAAGAUGUGUCGAACAAUGGAGGAUGCCAUGACAGAGUACAAAAGCAAAUAUGAGGAGGCCCAAAGGUCCAUCAAUGAUAUGACUACCCAGCGGGCCAAGCUGCUGGCUGAGAAUGGCGAGUUUGGACGUCAGUUGGAAGAAAAGGACUGCUUGAUAUCUCAGCUAACAAGAGGAAAGAACUCAUACAACCAGCAGGUGGAGGAUCUACGCAGACAACUGGAGGAGGAAGUCAAGGCCAAGAACGCCCUUGCCCAUGUCGUACAGUCUGUUCGCCACGACUGCGAUCUGCUCCGAGAACAGUUUGAAGAGGAGCAGGAAGCUAAGGCGGAGCUACAGAGAGCAUUGUCAAAAUCCAACACGGAGGUCUCGGCUUGGAGGACCAAGUACGAAACCGAUGCAAUCCAGAGAACUGAGGAGCUAGAAGAAGCAAAAAAGAAGCUGGUCCUGAGACUCCAGGAAGCCGAGGAGGCCAUCGAAGCGGCGAAUGCCAAGUGUUCGUCGCUUGAGAAGACCAAGCUUAGACUCCAGAAUGAGAUCGAGGACCUGAUGCUGGACCUAGAGAGGUCCAACGCAGCUUCGGCUGCGUUAGAUAAAAAACAACGGGCUUUUGACAAAGUCUUGGCAGAGUGGAAACAGAAGUUUGAAGAAUCGCAAUGUGAACUUGAAGCCUCUCAGAAGGAGGCAAGAUCGCUUAGCACCGAGCUCUUCAAACUAAGAAACGCUUACGAGGAGUCCCAGGACCAACUGGAAACCACAAAAAGAGAGAACAAGAACCUGCAGGAGGAGAUCUCCGACCUCACCGACCAGCUCGCUGAAGGCGGAAGGAGUGCUUGUGAACUGGAGAAGAUGAAAAAGCAGCUUGAGCAGGAAAAGGCAGAGCUACAAUCGGCACUGGAGGAGGCCGAAGGUUCUCUGGAGCAUGAGGAGAGCAAAAUUUUGCGAGCCCAACUGGAGUUUAACCAGGUAAAGGCUGAGAUAGAGCGAAAGCUGGCAGAGAAGGAUGAGGAAAUGGAGCAGACCAAAAGAAACUACCAGCGAAUGGUGGACUCACUCCAGACCUCUCUUGAGUCUGAGACCAGGAGCCGCAAUGAGGCACUGAGAGUGAAAAAGAAGAUGGAGGGUGACCUCAACGAGAUGGAGAUCCAGCUCAGCCAAGCAAACAGGCAAGCGGUUGACAGCCAAAAACAACUGAAGAAUCUCCAGGUCUUCCUGAAGGACACCCAGUUGCAGCUGGACGACACCCAGCACGGUAACGAUGACCUGCGGGAGAAUAUCGCUGUCAUGGAACGUCGAAACAAUCUAAUUCAGGCCGAGCUGGAGGAGGUAAGGGCUGCUCUCGAACAGACAGAGAGAAGUCGAAAACUGGCCGAGCAGGAGCUGACCGACUCGACGGAACGCAUGCAACUGUUGCACUCACAGAACACCAGCUUGAUUAACCAGAAGAAAAAGCAGGAGGCGGACCUCCUCCACCUGCAGAACGAAAUGGAGGAGGUCAUUCAAGAGAAUCGCAAUGCUGAGGAAAAGGCAAAGAAGGCCAUCACGGAUGCAGCCAUGAUGGCUGAAGAGCUGAAGAAGGAGCAGGACACGAGCGCACAUCUAGAGCGCAUGAAGAAGAACAUGGAACAGACUAUCAAAGACCUGCAGCUUCGUCUGGAUGAGGCUGAGCAGAUCGCAAUGAAGGGCGGCAAGAAGCAACUCCAAAAACUUGAGUCUUGCAUCAAAGAUUUGGAAAAUGAGCUGGAGGCGGAGCAGCGAAGAGGAAUUGAGUCCGUCAAAGGCGUUCGCAAGUAUGAACGACGCAUCAAAGAACUCACCUACCAGACUGAGGAAGACCGCAAGAACAUGGCUCGACUCCAGGACUUGGUGGACAAGCUGCAAGUGAAGGUGAAGUCCUACAAACAUGCCGCAGAGGAGACAGAGGAGGCAGCAAACGCCAACAUGGCUAAAGUGCGCAAGCUGCAACACGAGCUGGAUGAAGCACAAGAGCGAGCUGACGUGGCCGAGUCGCAGGUGAACAAACUGAGGGCCAAGACCAGGGACAAAGCCAUCAAGAAAGGCCUGGAUGAGUAAGGAGCUCCAUCGCCAGUAAGGUUUGGACGACUGACACAGAGGCUGCAGCUGAAAUAUCAUCAUGGUCACAUAAGAUGAUGCAAACCUUCACUAUUGACAGCAGCAAGUUACUAUACCAAAAGUCACUGCUUUUCACAAUGAAAGAUGAAUAAACUAUCACU